GGCUCCUGUUGCCACAGCAACCACUGAGGAGAAAUCAGUGCAGCUUCAGAUGCUGUAGCAUUACCGCAAUGAGGGGGAUGUAGCAGUUGUGGUCGGACAGAUGGGACCUCAAGAUUGACUGUGACUCACCACAAAGCGACGAGAAAAGCAAAAUGUGUCCGUAAUAGACGAUUGUUUCAUUGGACUGGAGGGUCGAAGCUGGACGCGACCGUUUUCGAGCCACAUUCAAGACCUCAGGAAUAAACAAAGAGCUCCCAGAACUCCAAGGACAAUAUCAUAGGUGAAGGUCAGAGUCAAGUGUAGCCAGUACUGAAAGAAAAUAUCUGACGGCAUUCAGGAUGAUUCUGCUGAGUUUAUCCGAAUCUGCCUAUUUUCAACCUCAUUUCAGCAUCAACUAUGGAUAACAGUGCCAAAACAAGCUCUUUGUUGAGACUCUGAUUUCACAGGAAUUGGCAGAUGCUCGACAGCCCUGCUAUGGAAUAUUUUUGGACCUCUCUGGUGUCAGUUUCUUUAUUGUCUCUUCAGGUUUGUCCCCAAUGAAUGCUCAAUCGGGCAGCCAGUAAUGCUAACCAAUUAUGUAUUGUUGUAUUUUAGCAUCAUUUGCUUGUCUUAAAUAUAUCAAGGUGUCAUAUCAUGGACAUUAGUAUUAUGUUAAGCUUUCUAUUACAUCUCAGUUCUGCUUCUGUAUACCUCUAAUCAGCAGUAUGUUCUGCAGGCUCUUUGAAAAAUGUGUUUAAACAAUUGCUUUUGGUGAAAAGCAAAGGCAAAGCUUUUAAAAAAAACUAAGACAAAGUAGGUGCUCAGGUGCUGCGGCUAGAAUCUGCUUAGUUUGAACAUUCGCACCUGCUUUCUGGCUCUUCCAGUCGUACAUCUCUCAGGAUGAGCCAGAAGUCGGACUCGGAGACAGAGGGCUCCCAGGCACCAGUGAUUUACACUGUGGAGGAGCUGGAGUGCAAGAUCUGUUACAAUCGCUUUGACACUCGAGCCAGAAAGCCCAAAGUGUUGAGCUGCCUGCACCGUGUCUGUGCCAAAUGUCUCAAGAAAAUGGUAGAGCUGGACUCAUCCCCAAGCAUCAUCAGCUGCCCCUUCUGCCGCCACGAGACUCACGUCCCUGACGAGGAGAUCUGGUUGCUUCAAGACGACAGCAACAUUCUGGCUAUUCUGACCUACCAGGACCGGGCACGUAAGAGCGGCACUACACCCAGCGGUGAGGUCCUCUUGACACCCAACAGCCUGAGUGGAGGCGAGCAGGCUCACAGCUCCUCCGACUGCCUAGUUAUCACAAUCAUGGAAGUCCCUGGAGAGUCGCAGUCUUCAGACUCAAUGAGCAUGCUGAAUAUGGUGCGCUUGUACCGGCCGGCCAGCUUGGACUCCUUACCUUGCCACCUACCCGUGCAGAAGUGCCGAGCAUGGACGUCCCGUUCAGUUCCCCGCUUCCUGAUGGGUGUCCUCUGCCUGGUGUACUUCAGCUCACUGCCACUGGGGAUCUACUUGCUGAUGAUCCAACAGCUCACCAUGGGAGUGAUCCUUGUCAGCCUGGUGCCCUCCACUCUGGUCCUCUGCAUAUUCUACGGCUUCUGCCAAUGUCUGUGCCAUGAGAUCAUGGAGGCCAUCGCCACAUAGCACACCACAGUAACUAUGUUUCCAUUCAAAGAUGCUAAUCAGAUUUAUGCGUAAAACUGGAAUAUUGCAUAAAACGUUUGCCACAAAAAAGCACCAUCUCCAUCCAAUGAGAGAAAGAGAACAAAAUUGUAAUUUCUUGGUAAACUGGCAACAAAUAUCACAAAGAAAAAGAGAAUUUGUUGAGUUAUGGCUGGUUUAUAUUUCUGCAUCGAGCGAGUGCAGUGACUAAUGGCGCAUGCCUUGCGCGUUAGCAUGCAGAAGUAUAAAUGCACGGCAUGCGUGUUGCUCUGCAAUAACACUUCCGAAACGUUAACUGGCAGUGGGCUUUUAUGUUACCUCUGUGUCAAGUUUCUUCGCUGGUGUUUUGUUUUUUCUGAUCGCUACCUUAAAUGUACAAGUUGCUCAAACUCGCUCAUUUAGAGGUGGGAACCAGCGGAUGCGCAACGACUUUAAUCAUAAGGUAAACACAAAACAACAGUUUCCAUCUGGAGCUCCUUCACAGGACUUGAGAAAUGUAAACACUCGCUCUAAUGGGAUUGCACUGCGGUCACUCUAGAGUUUGAGCAUGCAAAAUACUGUGGUGCGGUGCUGCGAAAAGGGGCGGGAUUAAACAAGAUAAUUAGACAUUUAAAAAGUGAGGGAUUGCUCCAUAUUUAAAUUUUUGUCCAGAGAGGUCAUGCUUUGAUCCUCGAUUGAUCUUGCACACUCAAGUGAUGCGAUUUCACGGGUCAGAGUUCACCAAGCUUAAACUUUGCAACACAGCGAACUUCGAAACUUGACGCAGGACCUUGCGUUUCGGGUCUGACGCAUUCGCGCGCAUAUGAAUGGCAGUCUUGCUUCAUCCUUGCCCACACUCGUCACCGAUACCAAGCUGACUAAUCUCAGUGCUUGCGCUAUGCAUGGUUGCGAUGUAAUAUUACAGGUGCGUGUCUGCAUCGGCAUCAGUCCUAUGCCCUAGGACAGGGGUCACCAAUCUCGUUCCUGGAGGUCUGGUGCCCUGCAGGGUUUAGCUCCAACUUGCCUCAACACACC